AGUAUUGUAGUCGUUCAUGGGCUGAACCCUCUGGGUAAUGAAAGCCAUGAAGAGGAUGUAUGGACACACAAGACAACAGGAACAAACUGCGUUCGAACUCUCCUACCGAAGACAACACCUAACGCUAGAAUAUUGGCUUAUCAAUACAAUGCAAAUAUUGUAUUUGGCUCGUCAAUUCCUGGAGUGACUGGACAAGCAAGGAAUCUGCUACAAUGCCUGAAACUAAAACGAGAGGUGACGCUCUUCUGA